GAAUGAGUGUGUCGGGUUGCUUUAUUGGCUGAUGUCUAAAGACUGAUUUGUUACACUUUACGCACAUAACAUUUGCUUCACUGACCAGAAGCCAGGGACAUAGAGAAGCAGCUACUCUGGGAAUCCCUAUGAAAAUGAGCAGAGUGACAUUCUUUGAGACAUUAGUGGAGGAUCAUGACAGGCAAUGGCGAUCAAUGAGUGGCAGGACUGGGUCUGCAGCUCGAGCCACUACUGCAGGACAUCGACGGCGGUCCAGAAGGCUGUUGCGUGUGGAAAUCCUUGACUUGAAGACCAAGCAACAGCUAUGCUUCCUGGAUAAGGUUGAACCAAAUGCUACAAUUAAUGAUAUCAAGUCGAUGUUCCACAAGACAUAUCCUGGCUGGCAUCCAACAAGACAGUGUUACAAGAUUGAUCCAAAAGGCCGAGCCUUGAAGGAUGAAGAAAUUUUGAAAAGCCUACCGGUAGGCACCACAGCAACAUUUUAUUUUAAAGAUCUUGGCCCUCAGGUUGGCUGGACUAUGGUAUUUUUUUCAGAGUAUGCAGGUCCACUUUUUAUUUAUCUCUUGUUCUAUUUUCGGUUACCUUUCAUCUAUGGACUGGAUGAUGCUUUCACCUCAAGCCCUCACUAUGUUGUAAACUGGGCCUGCAUCUGUCAUUCAUUACAUUAUGUUAAGAGGCUCAUCGAGACAGUAUUUGUGCAUCGAUUCUCCCAUGGCACCAUGCCACUCAGGAACAUUGUGAAGAACUGUAUGUAUUACUGGGGAUUUGCUGCAUGGCUUGCCUAUUAUAUCAACCACCCCCUUUACACUCCUCCAUCUUUUGGAGACAAUCAAAGCAGAGUGUCAAUGUUUAUAUUUCUGACAUGUGAAGCUGGAAAUUUUUCUAUCCAUUUAGUUCUCAAUAAUCUGAAAUCUGAUGGGUCCAGAAUUCAUAGAUUCCCUUGCCCAACAAAGAACCCUUUCACGUGGCUCUUUCUCUUUGUGUCCUGCCCUAAUUAUACUUAUGAGGUAGGGUCUUGGAUAAGUUUCACUGUCAUGACUCAGUGUCUCCCAGUUGGUGUCUUUACACUGGUUACCUUCAUUCAGAUGACAAUAUGGGCAAAAGGAAAGCAUUCCACAUAUAUCAGAGAAUUCAAGGAUUAUCCAACAUUCAGGACAGCUAUAAUACCUCUUUUUGUCUAAGACAAAGUACUUUGUCGAAUAGUGCACUUUGACUGAACGGGUUCAGUUUAUAGUGAUGCUUCACGGGUUCAUAGAUGUCUUCUGCUAAAGCUCUUUACUUAUGGAAAUUAUGAAGCCGUCUGCACUUCUGAGCCGUCAGCUUGUUCAUAAUAAAUGGUCCAAUAUUAAAGAGCUCUUAAUGGAUUCAUUUCUAGAAAUGCACCUGUAUCAAGUGCUAGGAUGUAUUUUGUAUGACCUUGCUAGAUGCUUUAGAUCAAGAACUAAAGCUUGAAAACAUAUCACAUGUAUUAAAGAAUAUUUAUAUCCAGGAACAAGAUAUUAUGAAAAAAUAUUGAUUCUCAAUUUUUGUAAACAGCCUUAUUCAGCGGGAAGGACUUUGAUUUUGGCUGAACAAUAUUAAAUUAUUAUGUCUUUUGAAU